AUGAGGGAGUCAUCGCGUUCGAUUGAAAAAGCCCAGAACAAAGAUAAGCCCAACAAGCCAUCGACAGCUGGAACAUUUGUAGUGACAAAAAAUAAUAAAGACGGUGGUGCCUGUAGCUUCAAGGUUAAAUGCGUAUACUGUCAAGGAUCACAUUAUUCAGCAUCUUGUGAAGAGGUAAAGGGAAGGGAAGCCCGAGUUAAAAUUCUAAGGGACUCCAACCGUUGCUUUAUUUGUCUGAAAAAGGGACACCAAGCAAGCAAGUGUAUCGUCACAAGAAAAUGUCGACAUUGUUCCGGGAGGCAUCACCAAUCUAUUUGCAGCAAUCCUGCUACCAACAGUCAGGGUGUCCAAAAUGAGAAGGCAAUUGAUAACACCAAUCCACAGAAAGUAUCAGAAGGUGUAACCUCUCCAACCACAACAGCUGUCACACGAACUGUCAAGAGAAGUGUUCUUUUGCAGACGGCCAGAGCUCUCGUAUCAAAUGGAUCAAAAUCAGUUCCAGCACGAAUUCUAUUUGACACUGGAAGCCAAAGUUCUUACAUUCGAAGGUCACUUCAAGGUCAGUUAAAGUUAAAUUCAAUUGGUAAGGAGACACUUCAAUUAAAUACCUUUGGCCAAAGCAAGAGUAAACAAGAAAGCUGCGAAGUGUUCAAGGUGAGCAUUGCAAGCAAGAGUGCAGGUGAGGUAGUAGAGAUUAAAGCAAUCGCAUUUCCAACAAUAUGUGCACCACUUCCUACAAGAAUAAAUAUAGACGAAUAUCCACAUCUCCAUGGUUUAUAA